UGCCUUUCUUCUUCGACGCCGCCGCCAUGCCUGUUGGCUGUUGCUCACCGUCGCCGGCGCUCAUGGCAAAUACCGUACAACUAGGGUUAGCUGGGGCCACAAAGUUAAGCUGAGUGAAUUCGGUGCAUGACGCAGCCAUGAAAACCCGUCCCAAUGGCAGCGCCCUCAUUCUCAACUACCACGCUCACACCGGUGCUGAUCCACCUCCUGCGCGGCGCCUCCGACCUCGCUUCCGUCGCGGCCACCCACGCCAAGCUCCUCAAGGCCGGAUUUGCGUCCACUAUCGCCUCCUCCAACCAUCUCCUCGCUGCUUACUGUCGCUGCGGCUCGAUGAGCCACGCCCGCGACCUGUUCGACAGAAUACGGGACCGGGACGUCGUCUCCUGGACGACGCUCAUGUCUGGGUACACCGCAUCCGGUCGGCCCCAGGAGGCCAUCGCCGUUCUCCGCGCCAUGGAGUUUAGCGGUGUGCAGCCUAACGUGGUCACCUUAUCGACGGCCGCCAGCGCCUGCGCGCGCCUUGCGGACGCGGGGCUCGGCCGGCAGGUGCACGCCCGCGCGGAGGUCGCCGGGUGCGCGCGCGACACCAUCGUCUGCACUGCACUCGUCGACAUGUAUGGCAAGGCCGGCUGCGUCGAUGACUCGCGCGCUGUGUUCGAUGGCAUGGCUGCGCCUGCGAGGAAUGCCGUGUCAUGGGGCGCGAUGCUGGCUGUGUACUCGCAGAAUGCGCUCGGGAACGAGGCGAUCCGGCUCUUUGCCGAGCUCAGGACAAGUGGCUGUGGUCUGACGCCCAACCACUUCAUGCUGUCCAGCGUCUUGAGCGCGUGCGCCAGUGUGGUACGUCUCAGCAUUGGCAAGUGCGUCCAUGGUGCAGUUCUCCGGCUUGGGCAUGGAAACCACGAGGUGAUUGGGGUGGCUCUGGUUGACAUGUACUCCAAGUGUGGUUGCUAUGAAUACUCAAGAAAGGUGUUCGACAGGAUUGAGCAGCCAUCCGUCAUCCCGUACACCUCCAUCAUCGUCGCAGCAGCAAAGUACGGCCAUGGGAGGUGUGCACUUGCUUUCUUGGGUGAGAUGGUUGAUCGUGGUGUGCAGCCAAACGAUGUCACACUGCUUGGCGUCAUGCAUGCUUGCAGCCAUUCCGGUCUCGUUGACACCGGCCUCCAGUUCCUCCACUCCAUGAAGAGCAAAUAUGGCAUUGCUCCGUGCCCCAGCCACUACACAUGUGCGGUUGACAUGCUUGGCCGGGCAGGGCGGUUAGAGGAGGCAUUCGGGCUGGCCAAGGAGGCUCAAGUUGAAGGCAACGAAGCCCUCCUGCUGUGGAACUCCUUGCUGUCAGCUUGCCGGAUACAUAAGCGCCUGGACCUGGCAACCUUGGCUGGCCAGAGGGUGUCAGAGUUCAACCAAGAUGUAGCUGGUGGACUAGUAGUGAUGUCAAAUGCAUACGCUUCAGCUGGUCAGGCUGACAACGCUGCUGCUGUGUGGUCAAGCAUGAGGCAACGUGGCAUACAGAAGGAUCCCGGGUGCAGCUGGAUUGAAGUAAAGGAUGUAUCCUAUGUAUUCUACGCUGGUGCAGUAUCAUGCGCUGGUGCAAGGGCAGAUGAAGUGCUGAUGUUGCUAGAUGAGUUGGAGUAUAAGAUGAGGGAGAAGGGUUACAAAGGGAGAUUAGGGAGUGCUAGAGUAUCUGAUGCUCAUGAGGAUGAUGGGGAUGGAGGAAAAGGGGUAAUGGUUGGAGUACAUAGUGAAGUUUUGGCUCUAGGGUUCGGUUUGCUGGUUGUCCCAAAAGGGAUGACCAUCCGAGUGAUAAAGAACCUAAGGAUGUGCUGUGAUUGCCAUGAGACGUUCAAGUUCAUUAGUGACAUUGUUGAGAGGGAGUUUGUGGUCAGGGAUCUGAAUAGGUUCCACCAUUUCAAGACGGGGUCAUGUUCUUGCAACGACUACUGGUGAUUCAAGAUUGAAACUGAAGCGGCUCUGAUCUUUUUGUAGAAAAGGAGAACAUUAGUGACAGAUUACCUUGGUGUUAUAGAUGUUCAAAUUACCUUUUUUUUUCUUUUGCUGUGUGUAGAAUGACCCAACCUUGGCCCUGAGUUUGCUGUAGCUCAAUUCUGUUUGUAAACUAGUCACCAUGCAGAAGAUGACCAGCGGUAGUUGGGAGGGGAUUGGUGAUCACGGAGGAGAGCACUGGACUUGGUAAGAGAGCAUUAGAUGAUAGGGCCUUGGUUCCUUUUCUUGUAUUCUUAUGGAUGUGGUGACAAAGAUAUCGCUCUUAUAGCAGUGACUUGGCUUGAACAUCAUAACGCUUAAAUUUUUUUAUGGAUGAUGAAGAAAUGAAUUACUACUUGACAAACUAAUAAUCCUUAUCAAUCAAAUUUGUUUCCUUGGAACUAGUUAAUA